AGGUAGAUUUAGUUUACUUGCAGUUGCAUCAAAAACCAACAACAUUUAUGGUUUGUGGGUUGUUUCCCAUGAACUGUUCACUAGGUUUUUCGAUGAUUGCAGGCAUUACAACUUACGUCAUUUACUUAGUCCAAUUCACCCCAAAAUCAGAUAUAAUGUUUUAGUAGUCGAUUAUUCCAUAAAUAAAAAUUGCAAAAUAUUAUCUGUUCACGAUUGUUUUAAAUUCUCAGCAGGCGUAGAUAUAUUUUUCUUAGGUUGGCCUCAGGUCCUGUCAGGUACUGUCUUUAUGACGUUGUCUUGUCAAAAAUUCGCUGUGUUGUCAUUUCUACUGCUUAUUAAUUUAAAAUGUCGAAAAUAAUUUCUGUUGAUAAGAAAGUGUGCAUCUAAAGAUGCUUUGAAGGAUGCAAGAAAGACAGACCCGACUUUUUUAACUAAUGAUAAUGAGUAGAAUAACAAUAAAAACGUAUUUAAUUAUUUAUUUAAAAAACGAAGCAAACUGACAACAGUCCUUGGUUGUCAUCAAUUAUAACCCAAAAUAAAUUUCUUAUGACAACUCACAGUACUGACAAAUAAAAUGUCAGAUUUUCAUAGAUAGUCCGAAUUUAAAACAAUCGUGAACGGUAUAUAAGUUGGUACUUGUAGUUAUGUGAGGGCAUCAAAUUUGUUGCCAACCCAAGCCCAAAAAUUCCCUGGUAUGGUAACAAACCCAGCUUAGCAACACAGGUAGCGCUCUAUUGUUAAUGAUGUGUGUUGUAUUGAAAUCCACCCACGUGUUCGCAGUGAAUAAAAAAUGCAAAUCGUUGUGAAAAUUCGAGUAAUUUCGGCCCAAAAUGAAAAAAGUGACUUGAUUUUUAAAAUUCAACGAAAUUUAAAAAUAUUCGAAUUGCAAAAAAUCAUCCACAGUAAACUUGAUGUGGACGUUUCGGCCCAAAAACUGUAUUAUGGGGGGAAAGAAUUAGUGGCGGAUUCUUCAAUACGAGAUUACAACAUUCACGACGGAGAUGUGAUUUGGUUGAUGAGAACAAGCGAAAAUCCAGCCAAGAAAAAAAAAUACGACGACGAAACAAAAAAAAUAAGGGAACUGAAAAAUUGUAGUAGCGCGUAUUAUAAAAUAGGCGAUCUUGUCGAUGUCAUGUAUUCAGAAUUUGGCGCUUGGUUUGAGGCAAAAAUAAUCGAAAUUCUCGUUGACCAAAAUAAUGAUAACGCCGAAGAAAAUUUAAUUUUUAAAGUAGUUAUGGACCGGAACGAGGAAACAGCACCAAUAACUGUUACAUUUAAUAAUGUAAGACCAAGGGCAAAAUACAUUUACUCGUUUUCCGAACUUCAAAAUGAAAUGAUAGUUUUCGUGAAUUACAAUAUUGAAGAACCAACAAAACGAGGAUAUUGGUACGAUUUUAAAAUUACAAACAUAAACCGUGAGAAAAACACUUUAGAAGGAAAUUUAAUCAUGGGGUUAAGUCGUGAAGCUGUUGUACAUGACUGUAUAGUUAAAUUUGUAGAUGAAGUUAUGAAAAUUGAACAACCGACUCUUAUCACUAACAGAAAAAUUGAAACGAAUGAAGAAAUUCCCUUAAGGAAACUACCACCUUACUGUAGCAAGUGUAAAGACGUUUCGACCCGUGACUGCAAAGAAUGCAGUUGUAGAAUUUGCGGAAGGAAAACUUACAUUUCCAUAUUGAUUAUUUGCGAUGAGUGUCAGUGCAGUUACCACGUGUUUUGCUUAAACCCUCCUCUGGAAAACGUACCGUUGGAUGAAGAGUGGUAUUGUCCCAACUGCAAAAGAGACGAAAACGAAAUUGUUAGAGCUGGCGAAAAACUUAAAACAAUUAAAAGAAAAUUAAACAGGAUAAAACUACUAAAAAAUCAGUUUGGACCAGUUAUUGGUAUUGAAGUGGGAGCGUGCUGGAAAUAUCGAAAUCAGCUUCCGGAAUGUGGGAUACAUGGAUCUCCGAAAAACGACAUUCAUGGCAACCACAGUAAAGGAGUUUUUAGCAUUAUUUUAAACGGAAACGAUGAGGAGAGUCAAGACAAAGGAGAAGAAUUUUAUUUUACUCUUUCUAACAAUCACAGGACGACAACACGUGUCAUCGGGGUUCAAGAAUCUGGAGUUUUUGUGAACAAAAUGAUUAAGACAUUAUCUUUAAACUGUAACAACUAUAAAAUGCGGAACAACGGGUUUGGAGUGGCCGAUGUCUGGAAACACGGAAAACCCGUCAGAGUUAUCCGGAAUUCAACAGUUGCGAGAUCAAAAUACGGCCCUGAAAGUGGCUACAGAUACGACGGAAUUUACAAAGUCGUUGAAUAUUUUCCCGAAAUCAGUAAAUUUGACGCCGUUGUUUGGCGUUUUUUGAUGAGAAGAGACGAUAGCGCAGCUCCACCAUGGCUAGUAAUACAAAUCGACACAAUUAGUUUUCACUUGGACCCCAAUAUUGAAUACUUUAUGAAAAAAGAUUCCGAAAAUAAAGCUUUGUGGGACGAAUGUAGCAAAGAGUUGGAAAAUGGUAAAGCGACGUUUCUGGAAACUGUUAAACGACUGUUUACUUGUGUUUGUUGUCACGAGAUUUUACACAUGCCUGUUACAACCAAAUGCUUGCACAACAUAUGCCACGACUGUCUUAUUAAUUGUUUCGCUUCAGACAUUCAUUUUUGCCCAACUUGCAGGACCGAUUUGGAAAAAAGUUGUUCGCUGAGGAUUAAUGAUAAUUUACAAGCGGCCUUAAAACUCCUUUUUCCAGGAAAUGGGUUCAAUCGUUGA